UCUGGUCGGAGGUCACACUGCUGGUCCUGACCCUUGCGGUCAGCGGCACGGAGGCCGCCCAACGUCCCAACACCGCUGAACGUCACCCCGGCCCGCCCAAUAUCGUCUUCAUCCUGGCCGACGAUCUCGGUGAGUGGUGCUUGCAGCAAUGGUCGUGGUUUUUGCGAGGUCGUGUACUGGCGGCUUGCUGCCAUCGAUUCAUCUGUGUUUGAGAGUAAAAUGGACCGAGCCCCGAAAAUGAUCGUGUUUGAAUUUAAAGCACAGAUCUGUGCGGUAUAUUGUGCAGAUUGAUUUAGCAUGAUUCUUUCCGUCAGGGGUUUUCUUUUUGCGUUGCAUGUAGGAAAUUCGCAGUGUUUUGCGUUAUUAUUAACUAUACACACACACAGAAGUGAUGCUCAUCUAUAGACAUGUCGUAGUACAUGGCAUGAUGACCAAGGAAAAGACGCGAAUGAGGCAACUUUUCAGGUCUUAGAAUUCGCUAGUUUGAACUGUUUCUGUCUGCAGUUCAUGGCCGCAGAAAAAUAGCACUAGAAUCUGCUUUCGCGGGCUGCGUCCGAACGCUUUAAGAGUGGCGACUUGACAAGUGAUAGUGUGUACUCUGUGUUGUGCGGCAUGUAAUGCGACCCUGGUUCAUCGGCCUAAGCAGAAUAAUGCCAGUUCAGUCGAUCCUUUUUCGUCCAGAUUUAUUAAAACAGGAGUGCAAAUUGCCAACGUGUGAUCUGGCAAACGUGCUUGCCAGAUUUUGACUGGUCGCACACUUGCUCCACGAUGUCCGUCUCUCUGCACCAACUGAGCCACGUGGACGAAGAAAUGGUCGGCACGUCUGUGAAAAAUGAAGCCGAUGCGAAUAGCGAUGCAACUUACUUUUGUCGCUUAUGUUAUAAUUGCACCAGGUGAGGGAAGGUUUCCAACUUAGCUGCGUACAAUAGUACAUUUCCGUGGGGAGGAUAUUGGGAGGUUUAAGAGCGUAACGAAUAAGAACUUUGUCACACACGCACGCGUCGUAAGACCUUUGACACACACACACUCACACGCGCGCGCGGGCACACCCACCCACACGUCGGGUAUGGCUUUCGCUAAAAACGCCGUUGCCUACGUAAGCCGUAGCGACCGAGGAGCGGCGCGAGGGAUGCGGUACCUGCCUUGACAGUAGAAUGAUAUGUAAUAUCACGAGGACGGCAAAUUGCUUUGGUGAGUAAAUUAUAUGGUGAGUAAAUAGCAUGGUGAGUAAAUGAUAUGGUGAGUAAAUUGUAUGCGUCACGCCACGCAGGCCGGCUGUACCGUGCAAGAUGAACUGGGCGUCAAGCAAGACAUUUGGCCAUGGGGACAGCGUCUGGUGAGAGAGGGGGGUGACAUCAGAGGCUGUUGGACUUUUUCCAUCCACGCGACCCCGUUGGACGUUCUGUUCAAGGCUGCAGAGUUGGGGUGACAAGUCUGCCGCUGACAUUGUCGGUCAUGCGGAGCCCAUGUGCAAUAUGUGUCGGCACGCAUAAGUUGCGGUUGCCUUACCACUCUACAGACAAAUACUUCAGUUGCAGAAGGUUCUUAUCGCAAAUGUUAGAAAUGCGCUAGCCCUUGUGUAAUUCCGUGAAAUGUCACAAGAGGCUUACGUUUGAUGAAUCACGAAAAUGGUGACAAAUGACAAUGAACCAAGUUGUCUAUAUGAGCUAGAUAAAUGUAUCUAUAAAGAGCCUAAGUAAAGGUAAUAAAGGGCCAACAACGGCGCUGCAUAUAUGUUCUAAAGAUAGAACGCGACUGAAAAAGUAUCUUACGUCACGUACGCGUCAUCGUGCGUCAGCAGAGAUCAGAUAACGCGCGUCUGCUCCUCGGUAUCUGCAUUCAACAAGCCUGAUUAAAACACGAGCGAAAAAUCAGCAAUGUCGCGGUUUAAUCCGGACUUCGUUUUGGUCGUUACCGUGAGUGUACACUGAAGCUUUGUGUAGAAUUGCUCAUCCCGAUCACUUCGCCAAAUCAGGCGUCAAAUAUCAUGCAAGGACCAGUCGGCGCUGCCGAACUGGCUGCCUCCCCGGCCACAAGGAGGUGGACACCACAGCUCCACGAAAACGGCUUACAGUCAUCACCACCAGUGACGUCAGCGAUACAGAAUAUGGCUUCCAGUGACGUGGUUUUGUAUUCCUAGUAUGGGAAUAGGCAACAUCCGUCAUGGAAAUCUCCGGCUACCUCUGAGCCCCGCUGGUGACACUCAGAGCCCUGUUGGUGAUGCUCAGAGCCCUGCUGGUGAGGCUCAGAGCCCAGCUGGUGAGGCUCAGAGCCCUGUUGGUGAUGCUCAGAGCCCUGUCGGCGAUGCUCAGAGCCCCGUUGGUGGUGCUCAGAGCCCCGCUGGUGAUACCCAGAGCCGCGCUGGUGAUGCUCGGAGCCCCGCUGGUGAUACUCAGAGCCCCGCUGGUGGUGUUCAGAGCCCCGCUGGUGACACUCAGAUCUCCGUUGGUGAUACUCAGAGCCCCGAUGGUGAUGCUUAGAUCCUGUUGGUGGUUCUCAGAACCUCGCUGGUGAUGCCCAGAGCCCCGUUGAUGAUGCUCAGAGCCUCGUUGAUGAUGCUCGGAGCCCUGUCGGUGAUGCUUAGAGCCCCGUUGGUGGUGCUCAGAACCCCGCUGGUGACACUCAGAGCCCCGUUGGUGAUACUCAGAUCCCCGUUGGUGAUACUCAGAGCCCCGUUGGUGAUGCUCAGAGCCCCACCGGUGAUGCUCAGAGCCCCGCUGAUGAUACUCGUGGCACGUUGGUCCGUCUGCGCAGGCUACAAUGACGUCUCGUGGCACAACCCGGACAUCAUCUCACCGCGGCUGGAGCAGUUGGCUCGCGAGGGUGUCAUCCUGGAGCAGAACUACGUGCUGCCGCUCUGCACGCCCUCCAGGAGCGGCCUAAUGACGGGCCGGUACCCCUUCCAUCUGGGCAGGCAGGGCGCCGAGGACUAUUACAACCACACGGAGGCCAUCGGCGACAGUGUCACCCUCGACUUCUGGGACGGCGAGAAGUCGGCGCCCGAGCUCAGCGGUGUGUACUCGGCCGAGCUGUACGGCGACCGGGCGGAGAGCCUCAUCCGCGAGCACGACCAGCAGAGUCCGAUGUUUCUCUACCUGGCCAUGCAGAACGUGCAUAUGCCCCUGCAGGUGCCGCAGCGAUACGAGGACAUGUACCCGAGCGUGCGGAACGCUGACCGCCGCACCUUCAGCGGCAUGGUGACGGCCCUCGACGACGCUGUCGGCAAAGUGGUUGACGCGCUCAAGGAGGUUGGCAUGUACAACAACACUGUCAUCGUGUUUAUGGGCGACAACGGUGGGCUGCCGCACGCCGGCGGUAACAACUACCCGCUGCGCGGUACGAAGGGCACGUUGUGGGAGGGCGGCACCCGGACGCCCGCCUUUGUCCACUCGCCGCUGCUGGCCGCGUCCAACUACUCCAACUACCGCCUGGUCCACAUCACCGACUGGCUACCGACGCUGCUGCGCGUGGCCGGCGCCGGCGGCGGCCUCGACGGCGACGGCUUCGACCAGUGGGACAGCAUCGCGAGCAACGCGCCCAGCGCUCGCUCAGAGAUGGUGUACAACAUCGACGACUUCGGCAUAACGUUCCAGGCCGCCCUGCGCGACGGCGACCUCAAGCUGGUGUGGGGCCAGAACCAGGUCAACAGCCACUGGUACCCGGUGCCCGAGUCGGCGACGCCGCCGCCGCAGCUCGCCGACCCAGACGACACCCUCGGCUAUUCCGCCCACCUCUUCAACAUCACGGCCGACCCCACCGAGCGCGAGGACCUGGCCGCGCGGCUGCCGGGGGAGGUGACGCGGCUGCAGGCGCGCGUGAAACAGCUGAUGAAGACGGAGGUGCCGGCAGACUUCCCGCCCGGCGACGAUGCUGGACAUCCGGUGGACGGCGUCUGGACGACCGGCUGGUGCGAGGCGCACUAAGAGUGCGCCGCGGCUGCGACGAACAGCGCGCCGCGUCCCUGACGCAGGUGCAGCGAGCCACGGACGUCCCGGCCGCCUCCUGGUGCCGGCGCUGCCGCACCGCUGGAGCGGCGAUAGUGCAGGGAUGGUGCUGCGUGCAUCAGCCAUGCUUUAGAAUAUCUUACCUGUUACCUCGAUACGAUUUAUGUUAUCCUUACGUUGACAGCAUGUCGUAGAAAUUACAGAGCGGUACCGACGGCUUGGUGUCGCCUCUCUCUACAAGACGUACGCCGACUAAUUGAGUGUCUUUUUCGGCCAUUUGGCUGAAAAGGACACUCAAUUAGUCUGGGUACUGUGUCCCGGCCACUUACAGCUAGCAGGCAGACGAGAUUAAGUCGCUGUUGCCCAGGCAGUGCUUCGCCCGGGCUGUGAGGCGACAACUGCUGGCUGCUGGUCGGGUCUGAACGUAUGUCUUAGGAUUGCCUUGCUCAUAUUGUACUUUUGUCCCAUCAUGCGUGCGCGAAUCACGAUUUGUACGCAUGGGCGAGUGUCCGUCUUGACAUAAUAUCAUGACUCUUGGAAGUAAAAGACGCGUGUUCGUGUGGAUUACCCUGCGCCAGGGCCAAUGGCAAAAAUACGAAUGCACAAAAGAAAAAACGUCACUGUAAGUGGGAGCAUGUUUGGAGCCGUUAAAGCAGCCAUACGAUCGCUGUUGAAUCUGUUGGUGCGAUGCACUCUGGAACGUGUCUGGGUUUUCACAGAAGGUGCAGGCCGAUUUUAGCUGAAGCGUCAAGCUUGAAGAGAAUGUCCCAUAUUGGAAAAUAUCGCAGUACCAUCAGAUAUGAUGGAAUAAAUUUAUUCAUACCCACUGGCAUACUUUGAGUUAUAAACACUGAUCCAGGCAACACACUUUCGCUGUUGAGUAAACUGCUAGUCAAUAUGGCAUUGCUUGAUUACGUCGUGGUACCUUGCGCAACAGUGAUUAAGAGCCAAGUGACGGCCGUCAUAUCUGGAAGUCGUGCUCAUAAACGCCAGAUAUGAGCAGCUCAGCAAU